CCUAGGUACAUUUAUGAAAACCCUUUCCUUGUGAGUGUGACCUGAGAUCGAUAGUAGAGAGAUUCUGCAAGUCCUUCGGGACAUCCUAGCAUGGCCCCCGCGCAAGGAUGACACGCAUAAAUGGAGAGAUUCUGCAACGGGGUGCCGUUCACACUUGUGCUUUUUCGCCUGAAUCAAGCCGGAAUUCACGUCCGAUACGUCCAAGUUCAUCACUCGGACGAUCUGCAGGGACACAAGCAGGAGGAUAGGAGGAGUAGGAGGAUAGACGAAGAAGCACAAUAGUGGAAACAGUGGCCAACUGCCUUUCGUACACGCUUCGAGAAAGCACUUCAUUACAAAGCUGCGCAUACUCAUCUCAGCUCACGCGCACAAUCCCCGACGCGUUUCGAUCUGAAGGGGGGAUUGCGCUCCGAUCAUCCUCAGGGGGCUUUCCAUCUAACACUGCCUUGCGGCCCACCGACAAUCCUCCCUCACUUCUGGGUAGAGCAAGCUUUUAAAAAAGAAGGAGGAGAAAAAAAAAAAAAAAAAAAGAAGGAGAGCAAGCUUUAAAAAAUAGGAAGGAGAGCAAGGGGGACGGGAGGGUGUAGAGGGGAGAGGAAGAAGAAGGGCAAAUCUGAUGAGGGUAGGCUAAGAGCGGGGACUCAUAUUGAACGUACUUUUCUAAUUUUAUCGGACUGAAUCUAGUCGGAAUUGACAUCCGAUACAUUCAGGAAAUUCCUAGCUUUUUUACUAUGUCAGUAUGUCCUUAUGAAAUCGGGACGGGGGAGGAAGUUGAACCGCACCUUUUGCCCAGAUGAAGUUCAAGUACCCUCGAGGGAUGGAGGAGGAGGGCAUAACAAGAAAGGAUGAAUCGUCUCUCUAAUUGCGGGAAACGAUAAAUUCGCCAGUCGCUCCCACCUCUCUCUCUCUCUCUCUCUCUCUCCUUUUUUUUCUCUCUCUUUCUGUUCUGUUUGUAGUGGACGAGUCGGGGUGGAGGAGAGAGGGCAGCAUGGAGAGCGGAGAGGUAAGGCCACAUACACAUGAGGAGUUUGGGGAGUGAAUCUGGCCAUCAGUGGAAGCCAGAUACAUGGGGGGAAAUUUCCAAAUCAAAGAGCGUGAAUAUGCCCUGAGGGUUACCUUCAGUGCGAGUUCGGGACUGUCUGUGAGACGUUGCCAGGCGCGUGGGAGGUUUUGCACAGGGGAAGAGUGGGCUGAGGUAGGGGGGUACGGGGGCGUGGUGAAGUAAGGAAGUAAGCGUCUGAGCCUCUCCAGAUCGCCGUAAACCUGUCCUCUGGAGGGGCUGUGAGGAAUGGGGGGGGGCUGGGAAGGGGUUUGCGAGGGACUGGACACUAUUGUGAGGGAAGGAGAAAGGGUGCUGUGAGAGAGGAAAGGAAGGAGAGAGAGGUGAUAGCUCGGAAACACCACUCGGUGGCAGCGACCGGUCCGCUGCGGAAAGGAGAGAGGGUGGGAGGCAACUGUGAAAGUAUUGUGUGUGUGUGCGUGGUGUGUGUGUGUGUGUGUGUGUGUGUGUGUGUGAGAGAGAGAGAGAGAGAGAGAGAGAGAGAGAGAGAGAGAGAGAGAGAGAGAGAGAGAGANGUGAGAGAGAGAGAGAGAGAGAGAGAGAGAGAGAGAGAGAGAGAGAGAGAGAGAGAGAGAGAGAGAGGAGAAUACUCUUGGAAGACAACGCGGGGGCGGAGGGGAGGAGAAGGGCACAUCACAUUCGGGAAGAACGAUGGCAUCUCCAGCGAGAGCCCGUGGUGGGUCGGGUUGGGGGUUUAUAGGAGAGAGGUACAACCCAGCGCCGAAUCGCGAGUUGGCCAUAGAGAAGGGCAAGAAGAACAUGCUGUACAAGUAUCCGCGAGGCAGGGACAACAUGAUAACUUUCGAUUUGAGACAGCAAUUCGCGCUAUCAGCACACCCGCAGGACAUUGGCACGGAGUCGGUUGGACUGGGGCUCUACUUCACCAGCGUCUUGUUGCUCAUCUCCUUCUUCGUCAUACUGUCGUUGUUCUCGCUGUAUCCUCUGUUCAGCAAUUGGCACGCAGACCAUUUUGCUCCGUAUGCAGCAGAGCCUGAAAUUCAAAUGGAACAGAAGAAUUGGUGGCUUAGGGCACAACGAGAUGUCAACAGGACCCCAAUUGUGAUGAAAUACCCGACGUACUCAGCUCUCACCCGACUCAGCUUAGGAUCGUUCUGCGGGGAACCAAGGCUCGCCAGCUGGUUCUACUGCCGAAUGGCAUGUGGCAAGUUCAAUCAGUCCAUCUGUGACAACGCGAGGAUGAUAGAGAACUCGCAUAAGACUCCGCCAGAAGCCAAGGGGCUCUUAAUCUCAAAGCCGGUUGACUCACUGCAACUGUGGGAUGUUACCAUGAUGAAUUUUCUCUUCAUGGCCUUCUUGCUGUUCCUGAAAUACAUCCAGAAUGUCUCAUCAGAGAGAAUGAAUGCUUCAGCAACGACAGCAUCAGACUACACAGUUUACGUGGAAGGAUUGCCAAGGGAGCCAUGGGUGAAGACGGAUGACGUUGCGAAAUUUUUUGCGCAUUAUGGAACAGUCGUGAGUGUUGCUAUCUCAUAUAAUUUCGGGAAACAUCUAGCGCUGGAUAGACAGCUUUGGAGGAUAAGGAAUAGUUUGGCGGAAGCAAGAGCACUGGUUAGAGGAGUGCAAUGCAAUGGGAAGGAGUUCGGUCAUUGGCUGAUUAGGCCAAUAAUAGGCUUUAUUUAUUGGACGCUGAACAAUGGAGGGCUGGCGAGGGGUCACAGAGCUGUCUUGAAAUUGGAAAAAGAUUACGCGGAUGCAAAGCAGGAGUAUGCAAAGCUGAAGGUAGGGUGUAUGUACUGUCAGAUUUAAAUGUACAUGUACGUUACAUAGUUGCGAUUGCGUCUUUAGUUGUC